AUGUACAUACCUAGGGUAGAAGGGAGGCUCGACAACUACCUACUUGCACCUAAUAGAACAAACGAAUAACCUUAUUGACUCAGAACCCUGUUAAUAUCGUGAAAGGGAACCAACCUUGGAAGAGAAUCGCUUUCAAUUUUCUAAAAAAAAAAAAGGCAACUAAUCUAUAUAACCUCGAUUAGAUAGACCAUUGAUAAUCGAACCGCGUUUACACCAUACACCAUCCAGUCAUUGGUUUACCGAUCCGGGCCAUAUCUACCUAAUUAAUCAAGUCAUGACGCCGUACAACUCGUAGCCCGACCUUACUCUCCUUUACAUUUAGAACAUGUGGCUCGAUCGGCUUGCCGGUCAGUCAUCUUCACCAUCCUCCUCCCAACCGGGCAGCCGCUCCUACUCCCCUGCCCCCCGGAAAACCCCCAGCGGCUUGGGCCCAUACAUCACAUCACAACAGCGACCGGGCAUUACUCCGAGAUCCUCCUCGCUUUCGUUAGCAUCCACCGAAUCUUCGGUUUCCUCAUUCUUAACAUCUUCCCGGAGGGCUAAUGGCUCGGCCUUGAAGGAAUCAAAAACCAUAUACACCGGUCCCGACCCCGAAGACAUUCUCAGUAAACUUUUGGGAAAUUAUGGACAAUCUACGGCAACGGCCACAAAGCCCGUAAACAGCCCUGUCAGCUCGAUAUCCGCCGAAGAUCUCGAGCUUGAUUUUGAUUUUGGCGGUUUAUCUAUUCGAGAGUUGGCAUUAUCGGAAGAGGCGGCAGUAGACGAUGUCGGUGUAUAUAGACCGCAGGCAGCUGAAGAAUACGAACGAGACAAGACCAAGUUUGAGGAUUUACACCGAUCAAUACGAGCUUGCGACGAGGUAUUAGGCUCGGUGGAAGUCAACCUAACGAGUUUCCGAAAUGACCUGGCUACAGUGUCCGCAGAUAUUGAGACUUUGCAAGCACGAUCGACCGCCCUGAAUGUGAGGCUAGGAAAUCGAAAGGCGGUGGAGAAAGGCCUCGGGCCCGUGGUCGAGGAGAUUAGUGUAUCCCCAACGGUAGUCUCCAAGAUCGCCGACGGUCAUAUCGAUGAGAGUUGGGUCAGGGUUGUUGCCGAGAUCGAUAGGAGAGCCACUGCGCAUAAGAAAAGCAUAUCGAGCGCACAAGGCAGUAAAGGGUUACAAGACCUAGGCCCAUUGCUAGAGAAACUGGUGCUGAAGGCUAUCGAACGAAUACGAGACUUUCUCGUUGCUCAGAUAAAAGCCCUUCGUUCACCGCAUAUCAACGCGCAAAUAAUUCAACAACAGAAUUUUCUUAAAUUCAAAGAUCUCUAUACUUUCCUCCAUAAGCACCACGCAGCCUUGGCUGAUGAGAUAUGUCUGGCAUAUAUGAAUACCAUGAGAUGGUAUUAUGCGAACCAGUUCGCACGAUACGAGAACGCCCUCAAAAAGAUCAAACUACACUCCCUAGAUAAGGCAGAUGUGUUGGGCAAUGAGGACACCUCUCGGAAAGGCACUGUCCUCUCCAGUUCAAAGAUUACUGGCCCACCUCACGAUGCCUUCAACUUGGGUCGGCGGAUCGACCUUCUUCGCACCCAUAACCAAAGCGCUCUCUCUUCAUACCUGGCCGAAGAAGACCAGUCUACUCACUACCUCGAAGUCCCUUUCCGGAACUUCAACCUCGCCCUCAUCGAUAACGCGACGGCCGAAUACACCUUCCUCGCCUCGUUUUUCUCGCCCGCCCUGAACUAUUCUACCAUAUCGCGCCAUUUUACCUACAUUUUCGAUCCAACAUUCCAGCUAGGCCAUACCCUAACGAAGACCCUAAUAACCGACACGUACGACGUCAUCGGGGUCCUCAUGGCCGUGCGCCUCAACCAGCACUUUCAGUUCGAGCUCCAGCGGCGCAAAGUCCCAGCCGCAGACGGCUACAUCAACGGCACGGCGAUGCUGCUGUGGCCGCGGCUGCAGUACGUCAUGAACGCGCACUGCGAGUCGGUGCGCUCGCUAACCUCGGCCCUGCCCAGCCGCCCCCCCACCUCCAAGUCAGAGCAGAGCAAGCUCUCGGCCGCCCCCCACGUCUGCACCCAGCGCUUCGGCCAGCUGCUCCACGGCAUCCUGGCCCUCAGCACCGAGGCCGGCGACGACGAGCCCGUCGUCACCAGCCUAAGACGUCUGCGUACCGAGGUCGAGGCUUUCUUGACCAAGUACAGCUCUGCGUUCGGCACCGACACGCGCAAGCGCGAGCGCUUUCUUUAUAAUAACUAUAGUCUGAUUCUUACGAUCAUUAGCGACACGCAUGGCAAGCUGGCUGUGGAGGAGCAGGAGCAUUUUGAGGGGCUGAAGGCGGCUUUUCAAGAGGUUGUGUGAGGUUUGUUGUGGUUUGUUUGGGACUUGGGCCUUGUGGUUUUUUGCUUCUUCUUGGUCAGUGAACCUACCUAGGUUAGGUACCCUACCCAGUCCACAUAUAUAUAUAUAUAGAGGUUGAGGUUGGGGAGGAGAGGGGUUGUGGGUGAGGGUGAGGGUGAGGGUGAAUGGAUGGAUACCUACCUAUGUACAUACCGAUAUAUUUAUAUAUGUAGGUAGAUAGGGGGAUGGGAUGGGAUGGAUGGGUGGGUGGGUAAGUGAGAGAUCACUUCGCCUUCACGCUUGAAUUACUGACUACCUAUUUACUUGCCUACCUGCCUCCCUAGAUACUUCCUUACUUACCUAGGUACUGAGGCUGAGGCUCAAGAUAGUAGCCUGAAAGGAGAAUGCGGGUACAAGAAUUUGACCUGUCAGAAUCGUACAUGGGCUGAUCUGGACA